AUGCAUAGCCUGUGUGUAAUAGCCAUUGCGGCAUUAUUUGGGUCUGCCGGCGCCCAGGUAGCAGGCUACGGGCAAUGUGGUGGCACUGGCUACUCAGGUAGCACGACAUGCACAUCGGGCUUUUAUUGUACCUCGCAGAACCCUUACUAUUACCAGUGUAUUCCGGGAACUGCAACGACCAGCACAACAACCACGUCAAAGACCUCCGUCACUACUACUACUUCGACUACUACCACUACUAAAACUUCUAGUACUACUUCGGCAUCUACAACGCUAAAGACGACUACUACUCAGACAGCGACUCAAACCUCCUCUGCUACUGGAGCGGCCACUUGCACCGGGGCCUUCAGUGCAAUUUCAGCAUCCGACUUUGUUGCAAAGCUUCAUCCAGGUUGGAAUCUCGGAAACACCCUCGACGCAACCCCAGAUGAAGGUUCCUGGAAUAAUGCACCAGUCGUGGCCUCUACGUUCAGUACUGUGCAAAAGGCGGGCUUUAAGAGUGUUCGCAUUCCAGUUACCUACGCGUACCACUUCACUGGCAGUUCUCCGGACUGGACUAUUGACCCAACUUGGCUCGCUCGAGUGUCCGAAGUUGUCGACAUGGUCACUUCAUUGGGUCUGUACGCCAUUGUGGAUGCUCACCACGAUUCUUGGAUUUGGGCCGACGUGACUGCUUCGGGUGCCAACCUGACCAUGAUCGAAGAAAAGUUCUACCGAUUAUGGUAUCAGGUUGGAACUACGUUGGCCUGCAAGUCGAGUCUCGUUGCCUUUGAACCGAUUAACGAGCCACCAUGCAACACUGCCACCGAUGCUGCUGAGAUCAACAAGCUCAACCAGAUCUUCCUUCAGGCCAUUAAUGAUGCGGGUGGCUUCAACCCUCAGAGAGUCGUGACUCUUGUGGGAGGUGGAGAGGAUAGUGUGAAGACUUCCGAGUGGUUUGUUGCACCGACUGGGUUCUCGAACCCGUAUGCCAUUCAGUUUCAUUACUACAGUCCCUAUGAUUUCAUCUUCAGCGCAUGGGGAAAGACGAUUUGGGGGUCCGACACUGACAAGACCACCGUGCUGACGGACUUUACAUUGAUACGCAACAACUUCACCGACGUUCCUAUCCUGAUCGGUGAAUACGAUGCGUCACCAACCAACACCGAGCCAGCGGCCCGCUGGAAAUAUGUGGACUAUCUCAUCCGUUCGGCUCGUAGCCUCAACUUUGCCUGUGUGCUCUGGGACAACGGCCUGGAUCAUCUCGACCGAAAUGCAGACACCUGGAGAGAUCCCAAUUCCAUCUCGAUCAUUACAAAGUCCACGGCCUCUUCGGCAAAUAGCUUGCCCGACAGCUCUGAAGAUUCAACUGCCACGUCUCAGUGGUCUUCAGCCUAUAUUUUCCACGAAUACGGAACUAGCGUGGUGGCUCAGAGCCUUUCAUUUAUCUUCAACGGGAACACGCUUACUUCGAUCAGCGACUCGACGGGCUCUACCUUGACGUCGGGCACAGAUUACUCCGUCUCGGGCGCUAACAUUACUUUCUCUGCUUCUUACCUUUCCAAACAUAUUACCUCGACGACUUCACCUGGCAUCAUUGCUAAUCUCACCUUGACCUUCUCGGGUGGUCAGUCAUCGCCAAUUGUCCAACUUGUUCAGUGGAAGACGCCGACUCUUUCGUCUACCUCUGCGGUUGCUUCUUCAGUCUCCGGCUCCGAUCUUAGCAUCCCCAUUACCUGGGGUGGUCUCCCCGAGAUCGCAGCUGUCAAAGCAUUGACUACCAGUGGAGUAUAUCUGGUGGAUACCUGGACAGUCUAUCUAGGCCCGUUGCAGCAGGCGAGAACGACGUACAGCAGCCAGUAUAACUGGGAUUCAUCACACGUGAUAAUCACUUCUUCCGCGAUCAGCUCGGUGAUCUCAGCUGGAGUGUCUACCGUGUUCACAUUCGAGUUUUACCCGCGAGUUGAAGGCGGCGUCAACGCGGUGAACUUCACCUUGACCGUCUAG